AUGCUACAAUUGCCACCAACCAGGACACUUAGCCCGCCAUUGCCGGCUAGCAAAAAACGGGGGCCCUCAGUAGAUCGGAGUCCCACUGCUGGGGGGCCAGGCCCAGGCUCCACCAUACACAAACUGGUUGGACACUGUCCCACCCUGACUAUCUACCUAGAAGGUGUACCUGUGACUGCUGUUAUAGACAGUGGAUCCCAGGUUAGCACAGUCACCGAAACAUUUUUCAACUGCAGCCUAAAAAACAUUGUGCUAGAAACAGGCACCCACCUAUCCCUGAGAGCAGCAAAUGGGUUGGCCAUCCCAUACAAUGGCUAUUUUAUUACGGACCUUGAAGUCAACAAAGAAAAACUUUGUGACAAGGGGUUCCUGGUCAUAAGAGAUCCAGUAGGCGGCUCAGCUCCACCUUGCCUGCUGGGCAUGAACAUUCUCCAAGACCUGACCACAUUGGCCCAUCUGGUCAAGCCACCGGGGGCGACACCGAAGGUAUGGCGAGAGGGCAAAGCCCUCAGCCCCCGCGAGAGAACUCUGGUGCCUGCCAAGAGUAUAUCAACCAUUCGAGCGACGGGAGGAGACCCCAGAAUGGUGGAUGACAUGCUGGUACAGCCAUUAGAACAGCCAUUUCACCCGGACCUGCUCGUGGUGCCAGGUCUAACUUCCUGCCGUGACGGAUUCUUCUCGGUACAGGUGGCUAACCUGUCUGAGGAGCCCGUCUACAUCUCCAGCAGGACCUGUCUAGCAACAAUCCACCCGUUCGAGCUGGUUCCCCCAAACCUGCAGUUCAGGGUCAACUCUCUGGCUGCUGAGGUGGUCAUAGACUCAUCCCUGUCCAGCGAGACCCACACUUCCAUGCCAGAGCCCUCGUUUUCCAGCAUGAUGGCAGAAAACCUUGACCCACCACAGCGGGCGGCUCUGGAGAAAUUACUCCAGGAAUUCACAGACGUUUUUGCUUGGACAGACGACCAGUUGGGUUUUACGGACACAAUCAAACACAGCAUCCCGCUAACCAGUGACAUACCAGUGGCGUUACCCUACCGCCGGCUUCCGCCUACAGAGUUCGCUGCAGUUAAAGAACACAUAGAAAAGUUGACUACCAGGGGCAUUAUCCAACCCAGCACCAGCCCUUAUGCAGCUCCAAUGGUCAUUGUGAAGAAGAAGAAUGGCGAGAUCCGGUUAUGCUGCGAUUACAGGAGGCUGAAUGUCAUAACCCGGAAGGAUGCGUUCCCGCUGCCCCGAAUUGACGAAACUUUAGAUGCUCUGGCGGGGUCAACUUUCUUCUCCACGCUGGACUUAGCCAGUGGCUACCACCAGGUUGCCAUGGCUGAAGAAGACCAAGAAAAAACUGCCUUCGUUACUCCCUUUGGUCUGUACCAGUGGACCAGAAUGCCAUUUGGCCUAUGUGGCGCCGUCCAGACUUUUUCCAGAUUAAUGCAGGGGGUAAUGAGUGAGCACAUCAUGAGAAUCAGGCUGGCCUACCUGGAUGACAUCCUGAUAUAUGCCCCAGACUUCACCCCACUCGUGCUACCAAUUUUUUAG